AGGAGCUCAAUGAGACGUUGAUCCCAUGCGAGGUUUCAUCUUCAGAGCAGUGGCCUGCCUACUGCUUGCAUGCCUUCAGCUUUCAACAGGCUACAAGUCAAACUCGCAGGGCAACUGGGGUGACGUGCAGCCAAGGUCUUCCUCGCUCAGCUACAUCGAUCCGGGUCAGGGGAAGCCCAAAGACGAUCGACUACUCAACCAAGCGGUAGACGCGUUCCACCAGGCACAACAUCUCGAGUCUGAGCUCAAGAAGAGCGAGCGAGCCGUCAGCCAGCAGACGCAUGAGCUCAAGAAGGAGUUGGCAGCGGCCAAGGCAACCGCUGCCACUACAGGACAGUCGAAGUACUUCCGGAGAGAGGAGCGACUGGACGAGGACUUGAUGCGACAGGCAAAUCGCGAGACAAGGCGGGACAAGCGGCUGGUGGCUCAGGCAGAUAGGGAGAUGAAGAGCGACAAGAAGUUUCUAGAGCAAGCCUACGGCAUUACAGACAUCGAUCACUACAAGGCCGGCAGAGGUUCUCGCUCCUCCGUCUGUCCCGAUCUGAACUGUCACCACGCGAAGGCUUCUGGACUCGCACCUGCUGAGUGUGUGGUGGGGAUGGGGAAGUGCCCUAAGAUCCAAUGCUAUCACUAUUACAAGGCCGGCAAGUGCGGAAACAAGGACAUUUGCAUACAGCCGGAGACUCCGAGCAGCUCGUGUGUACCGGACAAGAAGAAGUUUGUUCGCAAGCAGUGGUCAAGAAAGACUUGUCCCUCCGUCAGCUGCUCUCAAGCCAAGGCUCUCGGUUACACGCCAGACUUCUGCUCGGUCUCACAGAUGGAAGGACCUUGUCCUCAGAUGCAAUGCUAUCACUACACCGUUAUGGGAAGCUGCUUCUCCGCCAAUGGGGCAGCCUCCAAUGUCUGUAUGAAGCCAAGCCAAGCUGAUCGAGAGUGCGUUACGUCCAUGCGUCUCUCCUCAGCCGCCCGUGGAGGAGGCUCCCGACGUCGCCGACAUGGCUCAGGAUCCGGUUGGGGGAUGUACAAACUGAUGGGCGGGACGACGGGUCUAGUAAGCAUCCUCAUCUUUAUCACUGCCACUGUCGGUGUCUUCUUCUUUCUCUUCAAGAGGUAUGGCGUCUCCAUGUUCCUGCCAAACCGGAAACCUGUGCCUGUCCCCAAGUACUACGGGCGAUUGUAAGCAUAACGUCAGAACCAGACGACCGAUUUCCUCAAGAGCAUCCGGGCUGCAGGAGGAGGAAGGAAGAGAAGUUUCCUUCCGCUCUCUUAAAGACGUUGGGGGAAUAUGAUAGUUUCUUCAUCAAUAAUUUUGCUGUCUAUGAUGUCAGUUUUUGCCGCCAA